AUGAACGAAUUAAAGUCUCCAAAAUUAUUGAAUAAUUUAGGAUAAAGAAAAUAAUAGAACAUACAAGAAUAGAAUGACACCAGCCUACUUUUGUAAUUAUUCUAGAAGAUUUAACCAGUUGAGAUUAUUAAAAUGAUUGUACAAAGAAUAUAUAUAUAUUUUAGGAUUCUAAAAAAAAGAGUUAAUCUGUGUUAUAUAUCUAUGAAGAUGAAUCUGAAUCCAAAUUUAAAGAGAUUAUAAAAAAUGGAGUCUUAGAAUAUGAAUAACAUCAAUAUUAAUAAGCUUUAUUCUAAUUUAAAUAAGCAGAAUAAAUCCUAACUGCAAUAGCAAGUCCACCAAUUCAAUAUUAACUAAUUAAUAAAAUCAAUAUCGGUACUUAUGCUAUAUAUUAAGGGUGUUUCUUUUUAUGCCAUAGGAUGGUUAGAAAAUGCUUUCACUUGUUUCGAGGAUACUAUCUUAAUAUUGAAAAAGUAUAUAAAUCAAACAACACAAGAACGAAUCCUUCUAGAUACUAUUAGACUUCAAUGUUUUUUAUAAUGUUGCAUAAUUUUAUCUGAAAUCGGAUAGCAUCAAGAAGCAUUAGCAAUCACUAAAAUUGCAAUUAAGAAAUCAUUCAAGUUAUUAUUUGAUCUUCAUUCUCAUUCAGAGGAAUUUCCAUAAAAAAAACUCUUAGAAGAGAUCUUAAAGAAAUCAGUUGCUCUUCCUUAAUUAAAACCUAAAUAAUAAGCAAUAAUAAUCACAUUCCCAUCAUCAAAAUUUUAAUAAUUAACUCAUGAAAAUCUCCUUAAUGUUUUCAAAGAUUGUCCCUUUUAAUAUAUUGAAAAAGCCAAUAUUCUAAGCUAUAUUUAAAUGGCUCCUCUUAAUUUUGAAUCCCUUCUAUUUUAAUCCCAAACAAACAAUUAAUAAUUUCUUCAUAUAUUAUCACUUUUUGUAAUCUCACUUUAUUGCACCUCAACUGAAUCCAGAUUCAUUGAAUAAAUUAUUGAUCCUUUAUAAUUUACAGAAGCUGAAAAUUAUUUAUCAAGAGCAUUAGAAUUAGUUUAUUUGUAUUUCCCUAAAGAUAUGCCUCUUGUUAAUCAAUUAUUAAAUGUACAUAACAGAUUUCAUGACAUUUCUAAAUAAAUUAUUUAAGAAGAUGUUCAUCAAAAACAACAUGAAUAAAAUUAUGAAAUUGUUCUCUUGAAACCUAUUUUUGAACCUUAAAAAUGUGGAUUUGUCAUUCCCAUCAUUCGUAAAUGUAUAUUAUUUAUAUUAUCAUUAGCUAAAUGUUCCUAUCUAAUUAAAGAAAGAGCUAUUUCCCUUAAAGAACAAUAAUUUUAACAUACUAAAGCACAAAAUCUAAAUAUUGACACUAAUACUUAUGAAGGAUCUAAACAUUAAAAUAGAAAACUUAGAUCUAUUUCGACUUCUAAUAAAAACAAACCAAAUUCACCUAAAUGGGGACUCAAUUAGGUUGCAGAAAUCUAUCUUAAAGAAAAAAAUAAUAAUAACAAUCAAUAAAAUGUUAAUAUUACAAACUUUAGAUAAACUCAUUUCAAAAGACCUUAAACUAAAUCUAGUUAAAAAUAAUAUUGCUUUGAAAAACCCAGAUUUAAUAUUAAUUUUUUAAUCAUCAAUAAUUUGAAUCAUGUAUAAUUACCACCAAAAAGAAAAAGAGGUACAUCAUUUAAUUUAGAAUCUAUUAAACCUCCUUAAACUGCUUAAAAUAGCGCAAAAGGAAACAAAGAAUUACUAAAAUCUUAUUAAAUGUAAACCAAAAUUAAAAAUUUAAUUAAAUCCUAUCAAAUUUGAUUUUAGUUUAAUUGUUCUAUAAUCAC